GAUUCCUGUCAUAUUCACUGUGGAGCGACUGAGACGUACAUACAGACGUGCCAUAACAGUAAACAAACAGGAGUUUUGGUCGUUGUUACCUGUGGGAAGUUCAACACACCUGUCUACAACAUGCCUCUGACCGUGUCUCAGAAUGAGGGUUUGGCGGUCGUCACCGUCACCUCAAACCCGAAGAGUAAAUGGCCCAUUCUGUGCCAGAUUCUGGGUUAUCUGUGCUACACUCCACUGUGUUCUGUGUCUCGGAUUACGAUCGGAAAGCUGGAGAGCGUCAACAUUGGUCUUGGGAUUGUCCAGAUGAUCAUUGGGGUCAUCAAUAUUGCAUUGGGGAUUUCGUUCAUGUACCUUGGAUAUUAUUUUAACAUGUACCUCAUAGCCUUUGGACCCUUUUGGAUUGGUAGUGUGGUCAUUGUAGUUGGCAUUGUGUGUGUUCUAGCAGCGAGAUUUCCUUCUUCUUGUCUGCUGAUGAUAGGAAUGUUAAUGAACAUUGUCAGCGCUGCACUGGGCAUCACAUCUAUUGCGUUGUAUUCACUUGACCUUUCAUUUGGACAUUAUCGAGACUGGACAUGUAGGACCUAUGAUACUAACUAUUACUAUUCAAGCUAUGACCGCUACAGAACGCCGACCCCUGAAGAGAGUAUGAGACUGGAGAUGUGUCAGUACUACAACAAUCUCUUCAACCUUAAUUGGAGUUCACCUGUGAUGAUCUGCGUAGGUCUGGAUAUCAUGAUGAUCGUGCUGUCUGUGCUUCAGAUCUGCGUCACCAUCAGUCUCUGUGUUUUGACUGGCAAAACUCUGUGCAAGAAGACUGAGGAUGAAGAGGAGGAUCCAUUUCUUAAAAAGCCACUUCUGGACGAUGACGCUGUUGGUGUUGCAUAAAAAGAAGAACACUGAAAAUAAUCAGUUCCCAGCAAACAAUUGUGUGUUUAAUAGACAUCUUGGGCUUUCUUGGGCUUUCUGUGAAAAUCAAGAAGAACAAUGGCCCAAAACUAGACCAGUCGUCAAAUAGACAGAUUAGACAGACUUUAUAUGUGUAGUCAUUUAUUUCUGUUUAUUUGAUAACUAGUUUAGUUUUGGCCUAUUCUUAGAAGUUUAUUAGAUUUCACUGACAGCCCAAGUUUAGCCUUGUAUUAGCUGAGAUGACUGUUUUUUACGUUUAUUAGACAUCUUUUAGCAACAGAAAAUACUUGCUGAGUUAUUUUAUUUGCUUGCAAUAGAAUGGGAUGUUGUACUAAAAUACAUCAAAGCAGAUUUCUUCUUUUUGAUCUGAAAAACUGUACUGAUAAACGACCUUAAUUACACAUGUUUUCCUUUCUUAAAGUGGUGUUACUUUUAAUACUGAUACUAAUCUAGUUUUGUUGCAAUAUUUUAGGAUGCUUUCUUAUUAUAAUAAAAAUUAAAUGACUUGGACG